AUGCCGCCGCAUCUUCAUCCGCGUUCGCGGUCUACGACUGGCCUCUUCGCCGGCACUCUCCUCGCAUCCCUGCUGGUGGUCGGCAUGCCACACGUCUUCCCCUGUCCGGCUCCCCGACGCACACUCGCCGACUCAGAGAUGAUGAUCGCAGCCGAUGGGCAACAAGUACCGCGUAUCCGUCGGAGAAGGAGAAAAGACAUUGAACUGGACGCCGAAACCGCUCGACCCGGCCAUCCAACACCACCCGGCCCCGUGGACGAAGAAGUAUCCACGUUCUUCCAGAUGGAAGCGGAAGCCCAGAAAUUGACACAGGCCAACCACGAGUGUCCUAUCCCGAAACCAAAGGGCAUCCUCGGCGAGCUGCUGGGGUUCCGCAAUGCCCACGGAGUCUCGCAAGACCAGAUGACGGGACCGGCUGAGGGACGUCAAUGA